AUGACGUGGCUCCUCGGAUUGGACCCUGUCACACGUGUGUGGGUCAGAUUGUGUCUGCCCCAAGGCGCGUUGCCGACCGUCUCAACAACACACCUUCAACCCUCCGACAAUAGGCACUCUCGGAUCUGCCUCUGGCUCUGUUGUGAUUCAUUGAAUCAUCUUCAGUUCCUCAUUCAGUGAUGACAAACAAAAAACAAGUUUCAUCCAUCCCAAAAUGAGCAGGUCGUCGACCUGCGACACGCCCCAACCACCGAGCUGCUGUCAAUCAUCGGGAACAGAAUGCGCAGCGGCGUUCCGGUAAAUUUGGUGUCGGGACGAGGUCGUGGCGACUGGUCCCUCCGAGGAAGCCCCGGACACGCCGCGUGCCGCUGGGUACAUUCAGGCUGUUUAACGGGCUUCUUUAUCCUCUGAGUGUCGGAUGAGGGGAGUGUAACAGAGUCCACGGGUUUCCACGCGCGUGGAGAACGCUUGCGCUCUCUCUCUCUCCAAGAACAUGGCUCUCGCGCUCCUCCGGGUGCCACGCGCUCCUCUCACGCUGCUGCGCUUCUGGCUGUUCGUGUCCGCGAGAGCUCUGGAGGUGACCGACGGCGACGCACCCGAGCUCGGCUGCAGCGAGGGUUUGACCGCCUGCCGCGUGAGCGCAGCCGGCCGCUUCGCCGCCGCCCUGCCCGAUCCCGACGACACGGCGAACGUGACGCGCGUGCAGCUGAAGGUGAUCCUGCGCUGUUCGGCCUCUCAGGAAUGUGAACCGUACCUGCGGAUCCUGAUCGCCGUCCAAGACGUGAAUAUUACAGGGGAGCUUUCUCAGGAGUCUGGUGACCACGGUGAUGAGGACGAGUCGUUUGGCAUGAAUCCAACGUCGGAUGGAAGUGGUCCCGUUGUGCUCCCUGAGCCGAGAGCUCAGGUGAAACUGUGUAUCAGCUCCCCCGGCGCCUUUGAGUGUUGCAAGACGAUCCAGUUUAUAUCGAACUACUCCGGUUUAGACCGAGCGUCUUCCCAACAGCCCACACACGAGCUGCUGUUGACACAGAAAACAACGUUUGGCAUUCCGGUUGUGGUCCUCGUCUACGCGCAUUCACACGGAGCGGAAAUCAUCCAAAAUAUCACAAUCCCAUCAUUAAAAGAAGUUUGCUCCAUGAACCUUAAGGGGACUGAAAAGAUAUGUGAUGCUCCCAGAUUGCGAGUCGAGACGGAUCACAAGAGAAAUGUGGUGCUCCUCCGAAUGGAAAACACCGAGUGCCGGGUGGUGUGGAAUAGAACUGGAGAGGUUCUCGCGUGGCCCGAAGGCCAGAGGGAAAUGGUCCUUCCGUCACACUUCAUUGCACCGUGCCUGUGCUUCCAGGUAUGGUGCGAGGGAAAGACGCUUCGAAGUGAAUUCUGCCCUUUCGAAAAUCAUCAACAAGAUGCACUGGAAAUAAUGCAGAGCAACGUGACGGUGACUGUGGAGGAGUCCCGGAGGAGGGAGGGCGGCGCGGGCCUGACCUGGAAUGUGACCUCCCCCUGCAGACUGGAGGCCGAGGUGAGGCUGUGCAAGAAAGACCGUCCGGGAGGCCGCUGUGUAGAGGUGAGGGGCUCCAGACAGAGGCUGCACAACCAAUCACACGCUGGCUGGAGCGCCACGCGCAGAGGAUGGCAGAAAACGGGGGAGUUCAAUGUGUUGUCGCAUCCGCUGCUUUGUGUUCAGAUAAAGCUCCAUGGGAUGGAGUCAUUUUUAGAGCCCCAGUGUCCAUUUGCAACAUCUCGAUGGAGAUGGAGCCUCCCGAUCCUCCUCGGACUAAUACUGACGUGUUUGGCCAUACUUGGAGCUUAUUUAAUACAAGGGCUCCUAAAAGGGUACAUGUGGAGAUGGUUGAAAGAAGACGACGUUAGAGGCGCGGUGGGCGGUGGUCAUGUGGUGUUGCUGUACCCACCCGGUGACGACCCGGCUUUGCCAGAGCUGAUAAGUCACCUGGGCUCGUCCCUCCAAGCCCUGGGCUUCAGCGUGUCUCUGGACCUGUGGAGCCAGACCGAGCUCGGCGCGCUGGGCCCGGUGCCUUGGCUCCACUCCCGACUGAACACACUGCAGAGGCAGGGGGGCAAAGUGGUCCUGGUCCUAACCCAGGCCGCCCGGAUAAAGGCAGAAGAAUGGGGAGCUCGGAGCUGGGAUAGAAGCUCUCCCACGGAGGAAGAGGAGGAGGAGAAGGCAGGAAGAAGCUACACGGCCUCUUAUCCCUGCGGCGAUGUUUUCACCGCUUCAUUGAGCUGUAUCCUGGCGGACUAUUUGCAGGGUCGCGCCGGCGAGCGGUUCAUGUUGGCGCAGCUCGAAUCGCUUCCCCCCUCCCCUCCCGGUGGUUUCCGGCCGCUGCCGGAACUUUUCCGCGGCCUUCACGUCUACAGCCUCCCCUCCCAGAGCCUGGCUUUUCUGACCGAGCUGGCCGGGGCUCGGCAAAUGGCGACCGCAUCGGCCCGACGGAAAAGAGCGGGGGGCCUCCGGAUGGCGUCCCGGGCUCUGGCGCGCCGGGUGUCCGGGUUCACGGCGGGGACGACCGCCUCGCGCCUCGCGGGAGCGUCCCAGAGUUGUGUCGGGGCGGGAGUGGAAGAUUCGGGGGAAACGGUGCCCUUGCGGCCCCGUCUCAUCACGCCUCCCUCCAGCCCCGACUCCAACCACGAGGUCAGCGACAUGGAAUCGGUCUGACGGCAGAGGACGGCGCGAGAGAGCAGCCGGUAAUGAGCUGAAGGGAUUUCUCUGCGAGAUGCUCACGUGGCACAUUUUGCAUUGGCUGAUAAACAUCUGGGGUCUUCAUGUGUCGGCGGAAACGGGGAGCUUCAGUUUCAGCUCCAGAGAAAUAAAAAGCUCACACACAAUCAAGACUAUA